GUUUGUUUCAUUGAAGAAGUUGCAUUUGGUAUAGAGUAACAAAGGCAGAUGAGUCUGAGGGAUGAUUCUGAAGAUGGGAGGGGGAAUCUAAGGAAGCCAUUCCUGCAUACAGGAAGCUGGUAUCGGAUGGGUUCCAGGAUGGGCUCAAGUAUGCUGGGAUCCUCUCAAGCUCUUCGUGAUAACUCCAUCUCCGUUGUAGCCUGCGUCUUGAUUGUUGCUUUGGGUCCUAUCCAAUUCGGUUUCACUUGUGGUUACUCUUCUCCUACACAAUCUGCAAUAGUAAAGGAUCUUGGACUAACAGUCUCACAGUUUUCUAUAUUUGGUUCUUUAUCAAAUGUGGGUGCCAUGGUUGGAGCAAUAGCCAGUGGUCAGAUAGCUGAGUAUAUAGGACGAAAAGGGGCUUUAAUGAUUGCUGCAAUUCCUAAUAUAAUUGGAUGGCUGGCUAUAUCUUUUGCAACAGAUUCAUCUUUUCUUUACAUGGGAAGAUUGUUGGAAGGUUUCGGCGUGGGAAUAAUAUCUUAUAUGGUGCCUGUAUAUAUAGCUGAGAUAGCACCUCAAAACUUGAGGGGCAGUUUGGGUUCAGUGAAUCAGCUCUCUGUCACGCUUGGAAUAAUGCUGGCCUAUCUGCUGGGACUUUUUGUUGAAUGGAGGAUACUUGCUGUUUUAGGAAUACUUCCUUGUACAAUUUUGAUACCUGGUCUAUUUUUCAUUCCUGAAUCUUCUCGAUGACUGGCAAAAAUGGGUAUGACAGAAGAUUUUGAAGCUUCUUUGCAAGUUCUCAGGGGUUUUGAUACUGAUAUUUCUAUUGAAGUGAAUGAAAUCAAGAGAUCUGUAGCAUCAACUACUAGAAGAACUACAAUUCGGUUCACAGAACUCAAAGAAAGGAGAUAUUGGUUUCCAUUGAUGGUUGGAAUUGGAUUACUUAUGCUGCAACAGCUUUCUGGCAUUAAUGCUGUCUUAUUCUAUUCCAGUACAAUUUUUGAAGCUGCUGGGGUUAAAUCAAGCAAUGCAGCCACCUUUGGAGUCGGUGCCAUUCAGGUCAUUGCUACUGCCGUAACCACAUGGUUAGUGGACAAAGCAGGCCGCCGGCUUCUGCUUAUAGUAUCCUCUUUCGGAAUGGCACUCAGCCUCUUAAUUGUUGCAGUAUCAUUCUUUUUAAAGGAUGUUGCAUCUAGUGACUCUAGUGUUUAUAGCAUCAUGGGAAUCUUGUCAGUUGUUGGAGUUGUGGCCAUGGUGGUUACCUUCUCUCUGGGAAUGGGUGCCAUUCCUUGGGUUAUAAUGUCGGAGAUUCUUACUAUAAAUGUGAAGGGUUUUGCUGGAAGCAUAGCAACACUUUCCAACUGGUUCUUUGCUUGGGUGGUUACAAUGACUGCCAACCUGCUUUUGGAUUGGAGUAGUGGAGGAACCUUUACAAUUUACAUGGUGGUGAGCGCUUUCACCAUUGUAUUUGUGACACUAUGGGUCCCCGAGACAAAGGGGAGAACACUUGAAGAAAUCCAAUGGUCUUUCAGAUGAGGACAUGUCUUCUCCAUGCUCCAUUUUUUGCUCAGAAGAA